AUGGGAAACUCUAAUAAAAUAUAGAGGAAAUAAUAGAACAGUAGUUAGACCUCUUAAUAGUUUGAUUAAUUUAUCGGAGAAGUCAAAAAUUCCUAUUUAUAAUAUGAUAUGUGUAGAACAAUGAAAUUUAAUAAUAAAAAUUCAUUAUUGUGCAUUGGAAGCGAUAAAAAAAUAAAGAUUUAUGCUUUUCAUAAAGGAUUACUAUAGAAGAUUGGUGAAUUAUAUCACAGCAAUUAAGAAUUGACAUAUUUAAACUCCAAUAGAGACAAAAUUUUAAUAUCAGGUUGUAAUCAAAUGAUUAAAAUAAGAUCUUUUAUUGGUAAAAAUAAUUCAAAAGUCUAAAGGAAAAUUUAAGUAGAUUAAAACAGUUUUAGUUGUUUUGCAAUAAGUGAAAAAAAUAAUUUAUUAGUUACUGGACUUUAAAAAUAUAUUUAUUUUUGGGAAGAAAAUGGUUUAUGUGUAUAAAAAUUAGAUUUAUAAUUAAUUGAUGGAUUUGAUUGGGUUUACAGUUUAAGUUUUAAUGAGUCUUAAAAUAAAAUAAUUUCUUGCAAUGGAGACCAUAACAUAACUAUAAUUUAAUAACAAAAUAAUUAAAUAUAAUAAUGGAAAAUUGUUUAAAUAAUAAAUAUGGAUAACUUUGGAACUUAAGCAAUCUGUUUUGGUGAUGAUUCUUUUGUUUUUCACCCUUGGAUGAGCAGAACUAUGUUUGUUUAUAAAUUUAAUUAAUAAAAUGAUUAAUAUACCUUAUCAAAUACAUUUCUUAUGCAAGGAGAAGGUUAAAAUUGUUAUUCUUUUAUUUCAUAAUAUAUAAAGUAGAAGCAAUUGUUUAUAAAAUAGGAUAAAAAUGAACUUUGUUUGUUUCAAGUAAACAAAAACUAAGAAUUAUAAAUUAUCUAAAAGGUUAGAUUUCAGGAAAUAUAUAUUUGGGG